CUUCGCUCCCGUGGCACGGAUGGAGUCCGUGCGACUCCUCCUUGCGCUAGCUGCCCAGGAGGGCUGGCGUGUUCAUCACAUGGACGUCAAGUCGGCGUUCCUUAACGGCGACUUGAAGGAGGAGGUCUACGUGCACCAGCCGCCGGGAUUUGCGAUCCCCGGCAAGGAGGGCAAGGUGCUCCGCCUGCGCAAGGCCCUCUACGGCUUGCGGCAGGCGCCGAGGGCGUGGAAUGUCAAGUUGGAUUCCACGCUAAAGGGGAUGGGCUUCGAGCAAAGCCCGCACGAGGUGGCCAUCUACCGACGGGGCAGGGCCAAUUCAUUAAAGAGCAUUCGACUCAUCGGAUGUGCACAAUUUUGGGAUGUAUCAUUGGCUAGGUUGGCAGCUAAAUGUCCACUUCUAGAGGAGAUAGAGUGCUCACAUCAAAGACUACCAGCAAAUUUUUUCAAAUAUGUUGGUACUGUGUGCCCGCAGCUGAAGCAUCUAAGAAUCCACAGACAGUGGGUUGUUUCUGAUCCGCUCAGGCGUGCGAUGGAGAUGGAACAUCAGUACGACGAGCACGGAGACGAGGAGAAGCCAAAUGAAAAUGCCUUUGCCAUUGCAGAAAACAUGCACGAGCUGCGGCUUCUUCAGAUGGCAGGCAACCGCCUGACCGACGCAGGGGUCUACGCUAUCCUCAGGGGCUGCCCCCAUCUCAAGUGCUUCGACAUCUCCGAAUGCUACAAUGUCGACGAUGAACUCCGUGCUCGCUGCGCCAAGAUUAAACAUGUCUGGUUACCCGGACAACGGCCUAAUGUUCGCUACCUGGAUCGUCGUGUCAUUGGAGGGAACGAAGGCGAAGGCGGUGGGCUCGCUCUGCAUGAUCUUUGGGAAGCCGAGGUUCGUCCUCUGCGCGGAGAGGCGGCGAUGGAUGGCGAUUCCUAUGUGGACAACUACUGGGAAGACUACUGGUCCUCCUCGUAUCCGUGGCCCUAA